AUCAGAGACGUCGAUGGUGGAAACCGGGAAAUGAUAAGUAACAAGAAGACGGAAAACAAAAGAAGUUCAUAUUAAACAACUAUAGUGUAAUAACCAACGUUGUAUACACGUAUCUUUCGUUGCAGUACUGGUUAUGUCUCGCUUGAAGAAUCGCAUUUGGGUUCUCCGGGAUGAUCUAUAUUAAUGCCCCGUAAAGCCUUAAAGAAAGACAAGCCUCCCCUGUUGUUCGUGGAGCAGCCUGUGCGUGGAGCCAGACUCCAAAAUGUGCCUGAAGUCCGAGCAGCACUCAACCCCAAAGAGUUUUUCCCAGAGACACAGGCCGAGAACAGCUCAACUCUAACCUCUUGGGUAAGACCGCAAUUUGACAGCUCCAUUGCAGCUGCACUGCCAGCGAGGCGAGGGAGGAGAAAAUUCCUCUCUGCCACAAGCGUCCUUGACGCUUGCAGCUCGCUGUCCUCGAAGAAGAGCGUGUGCAAAUUCCCCUCGUUGUCGUUUCACACCAGGUCAAGAGACCAAUCUCAUCAACCAAAGAGCGCACGCACAAAGAAACCUACAGAGUCCACCGUUGUGUCUGAUCAACCGCGGGGAUCGCGCCAAACCAAGAGGACGGUUUCUGGUGCGCAACACUCUGACACGCCGAAGAAACCGCCCUCCUCAAUCAAAAUAAGCAAUGGAGACUGUGCUGCAUCCUGUAGCAGACGUGUGGACCGGCCUGAAACUCCAUCUAUUCAAGUGACGGAGAAAUGCGGAGCAUCGGCAGACGGUGUGUCAACGCCUGCCUCAAAUGAGUCCAGAGACACGGAGGUCAGCGGUGUCAGUCCACCGCCUGAUGUGGACACUCCAAAAGUAAUCAAAGGAGGGAGUAGCUGUGACCCUUUGCCCUCUCUACGAUUGCUAGAAGCUCAAACAUCUACGCCACCAUGUAACCUGCAGCCUGACAUUUUAGUGGCGGACACACCAGAGCGGGAUUAUGGGGUGAAGGUGACAUGGAGGAGGAGGAGGGGUUUGAUGAUGUUGUUAAGAGAGAGGGGCUAUCUCUCUGAUUCAGAUGCCUUAAUUAAAAGGUGAUGAGAUUGUGUAAGACGAUUACGGGGGAGUCAACUGAGAAAGUGACAUAUUAUUCAACAAACUACUUCAAUGACAAGAAUCCUUUCUAUGAACAAUUUUUUUUAUUGCACUGAAUGGAACUGCUCUAUUUUAAAGUCAUGAUUACAUUUCAGUUCAUUGACUAUUUACUUUAAAUGCCAUUAUAAUAAGGACAUUAUGAACUUACCCAUCCAUACUUCACAAUCCAUACUUCACAAUCCAAAGUUUUCAUCAUUGUAAUAAUCAAAUCACAUAAUGGACAAAUUAAAAUGGCAUUAAUUACAAUAUUAUUAAAAUAUUAGAUAUUUCCAUGAGUGGGAAAUAAUAAAUAAUUUUCAAUUGUAUUGUAUUUUUGGAAAUAGGAGGCAAUCCACUUUGUUUAUAUCCUGUAUAAUAGUGACUUAGCAAACAGCCUUUUGUUUGUUAUUCUCACGUUCUUCGAUUUUUAAUGGUAGAAGUGUGGGGAAAAGGUCAUCUUUCUGUGGAUAUAUCGAGCAGACACUAUUAAUUUGGGAAAUCUUCAGUCAGUGGAGUAAUAAAAUAACAGAUGAGGCUGCUAAAUGAACGUCCGAUCACUGCUUUUGGUGAUUUUGAGAAAUACUGUGUAACUUAAAACCCAUUUUUUCUCUUUGGAAUGUUUCUUGUAAAGUGCAUGCAAUAAAUAUAUGUGUUCAAAGGGCAAACUAAA